AUGACCUCGGUCGCGCGCCGACUCGGGCGCGUCGUCCCGCUCCCGAACCUGCGCCUGACGCUCCAACCGCCUCGACUGUCGCGCGACGACCUCGCGCGCGGCGUCGACGAGGUCGUCUUUCGCGCCGACCCGCGCGUGACCAAGCUCGAGGUUCGCGCGUACCUCGAGCGCGCGCUGCGCGUGAAGACGACGGACGUGCGCACGAGCAACUACGACGGCGCGAAGCGACGCGAUCGCGGCGGGUUUCACCGUCGCGCGGCGUUCAAGAAGGUGUACGUGACGCUCGGCGAGCGGUGGUUCCCGCCGGAGGCGUUCAGGGCCAAGGACGCGCGCGAGCGGGACGACGACGCGAGGGCGAGACGCGCGAGCGCGCGCGCGGGAGGAUCGACGUGA